CCAUCACCACACACACACACACAUCAAUCGCUCCCAUCGUGCACGCGAAAACUUCAGAUUUAUCAGAGCUGGAACUGAAGUUUGAUUUACCUUGAAUAAUAGUUUGCAAGCAUCAGUCAUCAGCGACUCAGAAAUACUACUGUAUACCGAAUUAAUUCGUCAAAGCUACACUGAAACUGCUGGGGCCCGUUGAAGCAUUUCAUCAUGGCUUUGGUGCAAAAACCUGAUACGGAGGUAAUUGAAAAAACUGAUACCAAUACGACUGAAGCUCAAAUCGUCAAACAUCCCUUGCAGCACACAUGGACUCUCUGGUACUUCGAGAAUGACCGUUCGCGGAAAUGGGAAGAAAACCAAAGAGAAGUCAUAGAUUUCAACACAGUCGAGGACUUCUGGUGUUUGUUCAACCACAUUAAACCUGCUGGUGAAUUAAAAAAUAGUUCUGACUACUCACUUUUCAAGAAAGGCAUUCGGCCCAUGUGGGAAGAUGAUGCAAACAAAAAUGGAGGCCGAUGGCUUAUUAACAUUGACAAACCCACAAGAGAUGAAAUUAAUUUGUGUUGGCUAGAGCUGGUUUUAUGCAUGAUUGGAGAAGCAUUUGACGAAGCAAGUGAUGAAAUAUGCGGUGCUGUUGUCAGUAUCCGUGCGAAAGCAGCAAAAUUAGGUUUGUGGACUGGAAAUGCAAAUAACGAAAAAGCUGUAAAAUAUAUCGGAUACAAAUUAAAGGAGAGCCUGAAAUUGCAACCAAAAGUUCUGAUUUACCAAACGCAUAAAGAUACGGUUAACCAUGGAUCAACCAUCCGCUCCACAUACCAAAUCUAAAGAAUCCGAAAACAGAUUGAAUGAGAUUGAUUUCCAGAAGACAAAGUACACCGUUCAUUUUCGUGAAGUAUUAACCUAAUGGAAGAAAACUUUUAGUUCAAUUUUUUCUCCCCUCUCUUAAAUUGUUUUUUUUUUUAUUCUCUUUUUUAUCUUCUUCAAAUUUCUAUUUUUAUAGGUGAUAAUUUAUGUUGUCUCAGUCACCAUCUUGAAAUUCUCAAUUGUACAGCUCUCAUUGAUAACUCUUGCAUGUUCUACAUGAAUGUUUUCCUUCACAUUUUGUCUGUAUUUAUGCAAAAUAUUAAAAUGCGAUUGUUUUUCUUUUGUA